ACUGUCACUUUUUGUUUGGUCUGUCAGACUCAGACCACUCCAAAGAGAUUACAGAUUAGCUGUUUUACAAAAUUAUAAAAAAAUGUAAAUUUGUAAUUUUUUUCGGUUUUAAAUACAUUGAUAUAUUUGGAUUAAUGCCUAAUAAUUAUAUAAAAUGUCACAGAUAUUCUAAUUGAUUAAAUUUGAUGAGGAGGAAAGUGAACGUUUGAUCUGGUAACCGAGCCGAGAAGUGAAAAUCGUCAUCUCUUCUUUGAAUUUAUUGUUCAAUAAUGAGGAUUCAACUCUGAAACUGGAUUGAUAUGAUUAUUGAUUAAAGAAAUUGAUAUAAUUGAGAUUAUCAGAUGAAUAAACAAGAGACCUUACCUGACAAAACCUUUUUCAUAUAAAUUUGAUAACUUGGAUAUUUGGUCAACUUUUACGGCAUAGAAUCAACUUUUCAAAAAGUGAUGUGUCUAGACAUGAUACUCUUCAAAAAGCUUUCAUGAAUAGAUUAAUAUCCAUUUGAACAAUUAAUUGGAUUCAUUCACAUAAAAUUAACAAACACUGAUAUUUUCAUAUAUUUUCCCCCAUGACAAACGCAUUAUUUAAAUGAAAGUUUGAAGUCAAGAUUAUUAUUAUUGAAAAUGUUGAAAUCUUUGGAAGGCAAACCUGAUUCAUCAGCCAUUUAGGUAUUCUCUUUCCGGUACGUGCGCAUGUGAAUCUGAAGACAUGCCUCUCGCCAAAGAUUUGUUGCAUCCUACUCCAGCAGAAGAAAAGAGGCGACACAAGCUUAAGCGAUUGGUCCAGCACCCUAACUCUUAUUUUAUGGAUGUCAAGUGCCCUGGCUGUUACAAAAUUACAACAGUGUUCAGCCAUGCCCAGAGCGUAGUUGUGUGCGCCGGCUGUUCGAUGAUCCUGUGCCAGCCCACCGGUGGAAGGGCGAGGCUAACUGAAGGAUGUUCGUUCAGGAAAAAACAGCAUUAAAAAUUUUUUCAUUCACAUUAUGUGUUAAUUUGGUAUUGUAUAAUUUCUUUUUUUGAAAAAACAUGGAAUAAAAAAGUUUUAAUGCGA